AUGAACGCAUGCAAGUUGGAGGACCGAGCAACUAGUGGUGGCUUCGGCAUUCUACGGCAAGUGAAGACCACGCUACAAAGGAAGUACAUUCAAUCUGGCGUUCGAGGCCUAAAGAAUGAGUUGGAGUAUCUCCUAUACGCUGAGGAUGUCACUUCGAAAUACUCGACGCCCAACCUAGAACAGCAGAAGAAAGUGGCAGAUAUGCGUUUUCCAGCAGAGUGGUAUCCACAAGCGCGAUCUAUACAGCGGACAAUACAUCUGCACGUUGGGCCAACAAACUCGGGGAAAACAUAUCAGGCACUAAAAAAGCUCGAGGCUAGUAAAAGUGGCUUCUAUGCUGGGCCACUAAGACUACUUGCGCAGGAGGUAUACCAUCGAUUUCAGGCCAACGGAACCACAUGCAGUCUUGUCACUGGCGAUGACGUCAAAAUCCCAGAGGGCCAAGCCCCGACUAUUGUGAGCAAUACAGUUGAAAUGGUUAAUCUAGGGCAACCGUAUGAUGUAGGGGUCAUUGAUGAAAUUCAAAUGAUUGGGGACUCCAAACGCGGAUGGGCCUGGACUCGUGCUGUACUUGGCGCGCGUGCUAAGGAGCUUCAUCUCUGUGGUGAGCCAAGGGUUGUACCUCUGAUACGAGAGCUGGCAGCUCUUACGGGAGAUAAGCUCGAAAUCCACCGAUAUGAGCGACUGAAUCCUCUAAAGGUUAUGGACCGAAGUCUGAGGGGCGACUUAAAGAACCUGCAAAAAGGAGAUUGCCUGGUUGCCUUUUCUCGUGUCGGAAUUCACGCGCUUAAAGCAGAUAUUGAAAAGGUCACAGGGAAACGAGCGGCAAUUGUGUAUGGAAGCUUACCAGCUGAAAUUCGGACUCAGCAAGCCAGUCUUUUCAAUGAUCCAAAUAACGAAUACGAUUAUCUAGUCGCUAGUGAUGCUAUUGGUAUGGGUCUAAAUUUGAGUUGCAAACGUAUCAUUUUCGAAACUCUCGUGAAGAGGGUACCAGGUGGUCUUGUGAGGCUUUCCGUACCUGAAAUCAAACAGAUCGCAGGACGCGCUGGUCGUUACCGGUCGGCCGCUCAACAACAGAAAAAAAGAAAACCUGCCGAAAAUGAUGAGACAAAUGUCGGUUAUGUAACAUCCCUGGAAGAGGUGGAUCUUCCCUACAUUCACCAGGCCAUGGGAAUCGAGCCCCCUCCAAUCACUGCGGCUGGUGUGUUCCCUCCGGAGCCUAUUUUCCAGAGGUUUGCUGCAUACUUCCCUCAGAGCGUUCCGCUGGAAUAUAUCAUUAAACGUCUUAUUGAUGUUUCUCAAGUCCAUCCUUUGUUCUUCAUGUGCGACCCCCGGGGUCAGUUGGAUAACGCUGAGGUUAUAGAUACUGUGAGCGGCUUGCGAUUUGAAGACCAAAUGACCUUUAUGGCUGCGCCCAUGCAUACCCGGGACAUCUCUUCGCGCGAUGUUGCCUGUGCAUUUGCGCAAUGUGUUGCCGAGCACACAGGUGGUCGCUUGCUAGACAUACCAGACUUGAAUUUGGAGAUUCUAGAAGAGCCUGUGUCUGGAAACAAGGAGUAUUUGCACGACUUGGAGAUAUUGCACAAGUCUGUGAUCUUGUACUCGUGGCUCAGUUUUCGAUUCGGUGGAGUCUUCACAGACCGAACUCUUGCCGCCCACGUGAAGGAGCUAGUCGAGGAGAGGAUGGUUAGGGCACUGACUGAGUUCUCUGCUAAUAAGAAGCUGAGAAAGGACGCAUCGCUUCGCCGCCAGAUCGCUUUGCAGAAGCAGAUCCAGGACCAUAAACGGUUACUUGCUGAAGCAGAUCUUGAUGCUCUCGACGAAGAGAGUGAGGAAACGGUUCCAAUUGAUCUCUCAGCUGACAACGACUCUCUAGAAAGGGUCAGUCCGGAGGCACAGGCUGCGUAA